UUCCAUCAACACCUUCAGAGAAAAAAAACACCUUCAUCACUUCUAGCAGUCUAUAACGUUUUCAAAGCUUCAGAGUAUUGUGAUGACAAAGGUAUACCCAAACGGAGCAGCAGCGGCCACCGCCAAUGUCGCAGCCUACGAGGCUGAGCAGAAGCGGAGAGCUUCGGGGUCGGAAGAGGCCACGGUGCUGACGGUGUGGAAGAAGUCGUUGCUGUUGAACUGCAACGGGUUUACGGUGUUUGACACCAAGGGGAAUCUCGUCUUCAGGGUCGACAACUACUUGUCAGGCCGUAAAGGCGAGAUCGUUCUCAUGGACGCCCACGGCAAGUGCCUCCUCACCAUCCGCCGCAAGAGGCUGAGCUUUGGGGAUAACUGGAUGAUUUACGACGGAGAGACGUCGGGGACUCCGCGGUUCUGCGUGAGGAAGAACGUGAAUAUGCUAAACAACAAGUACCUGGCGCAGGUGAAUAGCAAGACCUCGGUGUUGUACCAGGUAGAAGGGUCGUACGCGCAGAGGUGCUGCACCGUAUACGACGGAAAGAGGACGAAAGUGGCGGAGAUCAAGAGGAAGGAGGCGGCUGUGGGGGGAGUGGCGAUGGGAGUCGACGUGUUCCGCCUAGUCGUACAGCCCGAUCUUGAAACGUCGGUGGCCAUGGCGUUUGUUAUCCUCCUUGACCAGAUGUAUGGUUCAUCUAGGCGUUAGAUUUUAGAUCCCUCAACCACCAUUUUCCCCUUGGUGGAUUCACAUCCUUCCUCUUCUUAAUUCGUAUCUAUUAUCUUGUUGUGUGUCCUCAGUCUUCCCCACAUUAGCUUCUGUGUUUUUUCUUUUUUCUUUCUUUUUUUUUUUUUCUAUAAAAGUUCGGAAAAAAUCAAUGAAGCUGCUUGGUUUUUUCCUUUUAUAUAAAAAGCCAGGCUUGAAGUGGGGAUGUAUAUAUAUUUAUGUCCAAUUGAGAAAGAACAACAUUUUCUCUCGUACAAUAUCAUAUCUUAGGUGUAGAAUUUAAGUGAGUCUUGGUGUUCAUUGUAAGUUUUUCAGUUCAACAAACUCUUUCGUUGAACUUUGGUAUAUAAUGGAAACUUCGUACUGGUA